UUGGAAUCACACUCUCAAUCUGGAGUUUUAAUCAAAGAGUUUGUUGAAACAUGAGAACUUCAUGAUCAAACUGCCAUACAAAGCACCAUCCAAUAAAAAGCCGCCACGACAUCUAAAAAUAUUUCUUCAAUCUUCAAUUUAGUGAUAUUUCAAACCAAAACUUGUUGCAGAUUCUAAUGAUUUCUCAUAUCAUCAUAACAGGAAAUCAGAAUCCAGCAAAGAAGGGGUGAGGCUGAGAAGAAUAAGGUGGCUUCAAUCAGCAAGAAGAUGAGAGGAAAAUCAGUUCCAUUGAAGGUUAUCAUUGGCCUUUGCAUAGCAUGCUUCCUUGCAGGCUCCCUUUUCACUACAAGAACACAAUCUUCCGACGACGGCCCCCAACAUCUAGUAGACCUCGACGAAUGUGAUCAUCACACGCAACGGAAACUAGGGGAGAAAAGCAUGACAGGGGAAGUGGCUGCGAACGGGAACGGGAGCAGAGCAUUCGUGGUGAUAGGGAUAAACACGGCCUUCAGCAGCAAGCGGAGGAGGGAGUCGGUGAGGGAGACGUGGAUGCUGAAAGGGGAGCAGCUGAGGAAGGCGGAGAGGGAGAAGGGAGUGGUGAUAAGGUUCGUGAUAGGCCACAGCGCGACGCGGGGAGGGAUCCUGGACCGGGGGAUUGAUGCAGAGGAAGCCGAGUACGGAGACUUCCUCCGCCUCAAUCACGUGGAGGGCUACCACCAGCUGUCUACCAAGACGCGCUUGUUUUUCUCCACGGCCGUUGCCAAGUGGGACGCUGAGUUCUACGUCAAGGUGGACGACGACGUGCACCUCAAUCUCGGGAUGCUCGUCACCACCCUGGCUAGCCAUAGGUCGAAGCCCCGGACCUAUAUUGGAUGCAUGAAGUCCGGCCCGGUCCUUUCUCAAAAAGGAGUGAAAUAUCACGAGCCGGAAUACUGGAAAUUCGGGGAAGAAGGGAAUAAGUAUUUCCGGCAUGCUACCGGACAAAUCUACGCGAUCUCUAAGGACCUUGCGCAUUAUAUUUCGAUCAAUUCAGGGAUAUUGCAUCGGUUCGCGAACGAGGAUGUAUCGCUCGGAGCGUGGCUGAUCGGAUUGGAAGUGCAGCAUGUGGACGAUCACUCUAUGUGCUGCGGAACCCCUCCCGAUUGCGAGUUCAAAACUCACGCGGGGAGCGUGUGCGUGGCGUCAUUUGAUUGGCAGUGCAGUGGGAUAUGCAAAUCAGUAGAGAGAAUGAAGAAGGUGCAUAGUGCGUGUGGAGAAGGUGAUGCCGCUAUUUGGAGCCUUCAUCUCUCCAAUUAAACACACCAUUAUUUUACCAUUUUCCAUUUCAUUAUUCAUCAAUAAAUUAGUUAAAUCUCUCUACUUUCUCCUACUUUCUUUAUUUCCCAUUUCUAUUUUUGUUCUACAAAUUAAUUACUAC